AUUAAAAUAAAGCACAAGUGUUAGUUCUUUGGAAUUGUGGGAAAAUUAUAGUGAAUCGGUGCGAAUAAACUAAUAAAUUAAAAGUAGUGAAAUAAAGCGCCAACGAGAAAUAAUCAUAUUACAAAUAUUGCGUGCUAUUUGCCCUUGCCCGAACAGUGGAACGUUCACUGCCUUCAUCAACAGUGUGUGCUGAAACAGAACCUUGCCCAAAGGGGAAGACAUCGUCACCGUGCUGCACCAUCAAAGCGCGUCCUGCCAAAGUGUAAGUGGAUCGAGUCGACCGGGGUACCUUGAACCGUGGUGGCCGACUCUGGAAACGUUGGUAAGCACCCCAACAUCUGGUCCUUCUCAACCGGGAACAAAAUCAAGAGCAAGAAAUAGGGUAUCCAUUGGUCAAAAUGAGCUUCAACGAUGCGUUCAAGUGUCCUUUAUGCCACACACGGCAUUCGUUCCGGCACUGCCGCCCCUUCUUGUCGGCGAUACCUUCCGAUAAGGAAGCCAUCGUACGCAAGUACAAUGGUUGCGUAAAUUGUCUCGGUCUGGGACACCGAGCGAUAACUUGCCCGUGGAAUGAAGGUUGUCGGGUGUGCAAUUUCGCCCACCACUCUUUAUUACACCCGCUAGAUAACCGUCGAGAAGUUUGGUUGUCCAUGACGGCAGAGGUCUUUAUCCACUUCCCAGGCCUAGAUGAAACCCCACAGAAGGUGCGUGUGCUUAUCGACCCGCUGCGUGAGGAGAGUACCCUUCAAAUGGGAUUACCCAGCCAAGGUCCAUUGUAUCCCAGUCCGGUACGGGUCGUUCUCACGUCAACGAACAACAAUGUUCGGACAUACACCACCAAUUUGAAGGUGCUGGGCGAGUCAGACCUUCUAGAGCCUCGGCACCCGGUUGACUUGAAGUGCGUGAGAAAGGCGUAUUUGAAGAAGGCGGUAGCGGAUCCUACUUUCGAGAAGCCCGGCAAAUACAAUGUGGUACUCGGUAAGCCGGCAUCUGAAGGCAUUUUCCUGGGCCUACCCGUUUUGAGCGCGGCAUGCCAUAUGCCCAAAACACCGUCUUUGGAUGGACAUUUUUCGGCGACGUGGAGCGAAAGAUUUAAAUAA